AUGCCUUACAGAAGAACUCAUCGUACCCGUCCUGUCGGUGGACACACUGCCGUUCGAACCACUCGCACUAAGCCUACUUUGAUGGACCGACUUACCGGCCGUCGUCGAGGUCACACUACCACUACAACCACAACCACUCGCUCCUCGCGUCCUCGUCGUGGCCACCAUCACCACACUCAUGCCACGACAGCCGUCGCACCAGUUCAUCAUCAAAAGAGAAGACCAGGAUUGGGUGAUAAAAUUAGUGGUGCUUUGAUGAGAAUCAAGGGAAGUUUGACUAGAAGACCAGGAUUGAAGGCUGCUGGUACUCGUCGUCAGAGAGGUACUGAUGGUCGUGGAAGUCAUCGACGUCAUUACUAUUAG